CUCCCGUCCACACUCCCGUCACCAACGUCUAUCGGCUGCGUCAUGGCGAAAGCCGAGAACGAUCUCCAGAGCAUGCUCUCUAACGGCAUGAAUCCCAAAGAGCUCCCGUGGUACGAGCCCAGUCUAGAUGAGGUCCCGGAGCCGGCGAAGACUCUUCUGGAGAAGUAUAGCAAGAUCCCGUCGGACCUGGUACUGCAGCAUGUGAUGGAUGUGGUAAGUCACCUCAUGGCCUUCGCACUGGGAUCAUGCAGAACUGAUAUCCUUGUCCCAGAGAGAGCGCGCCUUCUCGGUUCCAAAUUUGCACCUACCCGGAGAGUGAGAACUAACACCAACCAGUUCCCCUAUCCUUGCAUUGGGUCAUUUCGCUUCCUCGACUUGAGUAUUCCUCAAUCGCCCGUCUAUUCCGAGGUUCUCCAGCGACUCAAGUCCGGUGAGAAAUUACUCGAUGUCGGAUGUGCGGUUGGGCAAGAGCUUCGUCAGCUGGUAUUUGAUGGCGUUGCUUCCGAAAAUAUAUACGCCUCCGACAUGCGUCGAGACUUCUUCGACAUCGGCUACGACCUAUUCGCCGACAGAAAUACCCUCAAAUCCGAAUUCAUCAUGGCUGAUAUCUUCGACGAUAACUCAGAUCUCGUAAAGAAGCUCACCGGUUCAGUCAAUAUAGUCAACGCAGCUUCUUUUUUCCACCUUUUCUCCUGGGAUCAGCAGGUCCAGGCUAUCAAGCGAGUUAUCACCUUGCUUCGACCCGAGCCUGGGUCUCUGCUCAUCGGUCGACAGGCUGGUCGCGAGGACCCUCAUGACCCUGAUGAUAAGGAGAACUCACCGAGUCAUUUUAGACAUGAUUCUUCUACUUGGAAGAAGCUUUGGGAUCAGGUUCGGCGAGAAACGGGCACGAAGUGGCAGGUUGAGACUUGGAAGGAGGAGUGGGCUGAUGUUGAUCAGGUCAUGGCGAAGUAUCAUGUCGGUGUGCAGACUUAUAAGCUUCGAUUUGUGUCUAGGAGGAUUUGA